GUUGCUUAUGCGCGAGAGUUGGGAAGCCAUCUUGACGGGUUCCGUAUUCGCUGUAAAAGACACAAAUAGGUUUACAAUAAAAUGAGUUAAUACUUAUUUCGCCAAGCACCUAUCUAACAUCCGUUCGUAGUAGCUUCUUUUAGAGUGUAAAAUUAUAGGAUCCGUUAGAGAAUAAAUAUAGUGCAGUACUUCGGAAACGGGUGCGGGGAACUUGGCUGUUGGGGAAUGUUGGAGUUUUACGGAAGAGAGUAUCACUCGUUGAAGAAAAUAGAUUCUUUAUGACCAUAUAUUGCGCUAUGCCACGCAUUGAUCCGCUACAGCUUCUCCGCUGCCUCAGUGUUCUGUUGUCACCUGAUGGAGGAAUAAAAAGUCACGAGGAAGUCCAGAGACUUGCUAGUUUGAUGACAAAAUUCUCCAAAAAAUUAGUCAGUAAAUGUAUUUACAUACAAAUACUGAAAUCUACUAGAACAGAUCUCCUAGGAAUGUUUAUGGGAGCAGGUGGUUGGAAUUUGACUCACACGUGGUUAUCAGAUGCCAUUGUUGUCAAAAAUUGGCCAUUGAUACAAGAGCUUCUAGAAUUGCUACUAAUGUGCCCUGUUGAUGUGGAAAGACUAAAAACAAACAAUUGUCCAAAAUUAAUUAAAGGCCUAUCAAAAGAUGGAAGUUCUGAAAGUGUCAGACUCCUAGCAAGCAAGCUGGUGGAACAAUGGCUUCGGAUUGUCAAAGGAGAAAGUGUAGAAUUAAAUGCAAACAUUAUCAAAUCAUCAGAGCCACAAUUAAUUGCUCAUGACAGUAAGGAGAAUUCAGUUAGUACUGCAGAAGUACGGAGUGAGCCAUCGGAUGUUACACCUGUAAAAGUAAUAAAAAAGGAAUGUGAAGAUAAAUCAGAAUUGCAAGUAAAAAAAGAAGAUACGGAUGUGAAAGUAACACCAUCUGAUGCGAAGUUGGUAGGGGAAGAAAAAAAGCCUGAAGUGCAUAUAGAAAGUGUUAAAGAGGAGGAAAAGGAAGAGAAAGUGUUGAAUGCCACACAGACAGAAGAAACAGGUACAUCAGAAGACUCAGGAGAAGACACUACUUGGAAUGUUCCAAUGGGGCAGUUGCCAGUGUACAAAAUAACGAUACGUGAUGGUAAACAGGUUUUAGCAAAAGUUACAAGUGCAGACAGACCAAAAAAGAUAAAUGCAGAAACCCCAGAAACAGUGAUAAUUGACACAACCAAUGUCCAGAAAUGUGACUCAGUGGCAACGGCAGUCACUGAGUCAUCUGAUCUGGUGAAUAAGGAUGUUGAAAAUGUUGACACCAAAAAUACAGUUGAAUUAAAGGCUCCUGUAACAAAAUCAAAGAAAAAACUAGAUAAAUCUGAAAAUAGUAGUGUAACAUUGAAAGGGAUAAAAGAAUCCCAGAAAAAAGUGAAAGAUAUGAAAGGGCCGCCAAAUACUGUCAAAACCCCUGAAAAGAAGAACAUAAAAUCAGCUGAAUUUGUCAAAGAAAAGACGAAAGUAAUUAAUAAGGACAAAAAUAAGGAAAAAUUAAAGAACAAAAACAAAGAUAAAGGGAAGGAGAAAGAAAAGUUAAAUGAGGUAGAAAAACAAGGGGAGAAAGGAAAAUUGAAAGAAGUGGAGAAAGAAAAAUUGAAAGAAGUGGAGAAAGAAAGAUUGAAAGGAGGGGAUAGAGAGAAAGUGAAAGAGGUUAAACUUCAGGAGAAGAAGACUGAAACCGACAAAGAUCAGCUUGAAAAAGAUAAUGCUGCUUUGGCCAAACUCAUCCCACCAUCGAUAAGUAAACUUGGGAAAAUUCCUAAGAAAGUUCAUACUGAUGACAGCCAAGCACAGCCAGAGGUAAAACCUGUAAUGAGUGAAGUUAAAAAACCUCCAGAAAUAAAACAAAAAAAGCUGUCAAUUUCCAUAGAGGUACGAAAGCCAACUGGUGAUGCAUCUCGACCCAAAACUGUUAAGACUUAUAAUUCCAAAUUUCGUUCCACUGGGUUAGAAGAGGAAGUUAAACCCCCUCCACCUCGUCCUUUAAAAAAACCUGUAACAUUAGAUAAAAGACCUGUUAAGUUUCCAGUCUUAAAAAGACCUUCACCUGUGAAGGAAAUAGGUCCCCCAGAAAAGAAAUUGAAACCAGCAUUAACAGAUGUUACUUCUGGAGAAAGUAAGAAGACUGAAAAAUCUGGCGCUAUUAAACUGAUUCCUCCUAGACCUAAACCAUGCUUCCUUCAAGAAAGUGACAUGUUUAUGGAUGCACUGAAUGCUUCCACUAAGAAGGAACCUCGUAAGAGGAAAAGACGUAUCAGUAAUAGUAAAGAUGUUCCUGAGCCAAAGAAAGAUGGUACUGGAAAAGAUGAAGAGUGCAGUAGGGAUACCACACCACCAGAGUCUCCUGUACCUGAUGAGAACAAAUCUCCACCCAUUGUGAAGCCAACAUUUAAGUUUUACCAGGAUACUUUGGAAACUGAUGAUGAUAAACCAUCGGAAGAUAAUCCAGAACGUGAACGAAACAUGAACAUUGAAACUGAAGCUUCAAAGGAUAAGGAAGAUGAGGAGAACACAAAAUCCACUGCAGAGGAAGUAGAGGAUGUUUUGAAAGUUCCAUUAGAAGAAAGUGAAAACAGAAUAGUUACCAAAGAAGAAAAUUCCAAUGAGAGUACAGAUGAAACCCAAAGCGAUUCUUUGGAGGAACACUGUGUAAGGUUGCCAAAGGGUGUUUUAAUUUAUCAUAAAACAAGGAAAGGGCCAAAGAAAAACGUGCGAUGGAAAGCUGAGAAAGACCUGGAAGAUGUGCGGUUCUUUGAAUUGGAUGAAACUGAAAGAGUGAAUGUUACAAAAAAUUUUAUGGAUAUGAAGCAGAUGGAAAGAUCACACGAAAGAGAAGCUUUUCUUCUUGCAAGAAAACUGCCUCAGGACGAUAUCAUGGAAGAGAAAACUACGUGGCAGCCUUUAAUACCCAUUGAUGUACCAACAAAUUUAGUUGAACCAGGUAAAAAUAGCAGGGAAAAGGAAAUUCAGUAUGCUCGCGAGAAGAUUGUUCUUCAAGCACUGUACUUCAGCAGGAGUAUGAUACCUGAUUCUCCAGCAGAGCCCGAUAUGGAGAUUCAUGCAACCACAGAUCCUGUAAUCAUACCAUUAGACGAUAUCACUGGCAAUCCUGAUAGUGUGAAUGAUUUCCAGAACACACCAUGGCCAGAACCUAAAUUGGCCCCUCCAUCCCCUCCUCAUCAAUAUCCAGUACCCCAGCCACAAUUUCCAACCUUCCAACAGCCUCAGCAAUUUCCCCCUCAACCUGUGUUCCCACCACAACAAAAUAUACCUCCUGCAAACAUGACACCACCUGUAGGAAUGAUGGUGCCUAACUCCAUGAACACAGGUGGAGGAGACUGGAGGACUGGAGAUGGAAAAAUUGUUCCUAUAAAUGAAAUGCCUGUCCCAAUGGACAUGUAUAAUCCAGGAAUGCCACCAAUGAAUAUGGGAAUGCCACCAAACAUUCCUGGCCCAAUGCCUGAAAUGAGUUAUGGCAUGAUACCAGAUGAAAUGAAUCAGGGUGCACCUUAUCCCAUGCAGGGUUUUCCAAUGGCAGGUCCACCAAAUAUGUUUGGUCCAUACCGAGGUGGUGCACAAGGUCACAAUAUGCGUGGUCAUAAUAUGGGAGGUGGAGGACGAGGAAGGGGUGGACGCGGUCAGUGGUUCAACCCCAUUGGUGGUGGUGGUGGCGGCGGCGGUGGCGGAGGUUGGCAGAGAGGUGGACGUGGAGGUAGAGGAAGUUGGAAUGGACCAAGUAGGACACCCUGUAAACAUUUUAGAAAUGGUUAUUGCAGACAAGGUGAUAAGUGCCCUUUCCUGCAUCCGGGUGUUAAUGGCCCCCAGUAUUAGUGCAACAAAGUGCUGUCUGUGUCAUGUUGGUGCUCUUAUUGUGGAUAAUUCGCUAUACAAUAAAGAUUGAAAGUAGUGCAACAACACAAACUUGUCUUCAUACCAGUUUCAUUCGAAGUGCAGAGUGACGUGAUGACUGGUUAAACCUGGUGCUAUUUGUAUAAAAUGUUAUAAAUAAAAACUGACUGACAAGAGUCAGAUGUGUAGAACAUUCCAUUAUGUACAGUCAGUUAGUCCAUUUGGACCACAACUUCAAGCAGAGACUGAUAUUUUAAUUAAGCAGGCGUCAUUCAAAACUGUUACUGAACUUUUUUUCAUUCUUUGCUUGUUGAUCUGGGAUUUUAUAAGAAAAGUUAUAUAACCAAAGGAUAAUGAGUAAAUUACAUUUUUUUUAUAUUUUAAGAGAUGGCAGAAUUUAUGUAUGUAAAUUGUAAUGCAUAAGUGCAGAAUGUAAAUAGUAUAUUAAUUAUGUUAUUUGUAUAUAAUUGAAAAGUAUUCAUUUUUGAAUACGAUUUUGCAUGAACUGAUAACUACUAAAAUGUUGUAUGUUGUGCAUACGAAGAAACAUAGAGGCAGCAUUGCCAGUCUUGGGCAAUUUUUUUAUUUUAUUGUGUGUGAAUAACAAAUUUUAACAAACAUAAUACAAGCUUAGUAGUUUAUUAUACAGCAGUCAUUAUAAUUUAAUGUAUUCAUCAUUUUAUGAUGAUAUUUAUUACAGUCACAUUAUUUAUGUACUUGCUUUAGGUGGGACUGCUGUAAAUGUUGAUUACUAAGCAUCAAAGAAGUACAAAUUAGUUAUAAGUGUAAAAUGCCUACUUGAUGUUAAAAUAUUGUUCUAAUCCUCACUUGUGAAAGAUGCCAUGCUUAAACAAUAUACAAUCAACAGACUUCACUUUUU